GUUCUUCCUGAAGUUUUUCCUGAAAUGUAACCAGAACUGUCUGAAGAAUGCAGGGAACCCGCGGGACAUGCGCCGCUUCCAGGUUAAGAAAUCACAUUUCUUAUUCCCUUUUUCUACCUCUCCUCUCUAUCUCCCCACAACUUCUUCUCACUCCCCUCGGAUCUAUUUACUUAACCCUCUUUCCUCUCUAUCCACUCCCUCUCUCCUUAUCUCUUUUCUCCCUCCUGUCUCUUAUCUUCCCUCUGUAGCUCUGUUAGGUCAGAGGGUUGUGUAUUCUUCCCUGCACACACACACACAGCCUAGCAUAAUUACAUUUACAUUUUAGUAAUUUAGCAGACGCUCUUAUCCAGAGCGACUCACAGUUAGUGAGUGCAUACAUUUUUCAUACUGCCCCCCCGUGGGAAUCGAACCCACAACCCUGGCGUUGCAAGCGCCAUGCUCUACCAACUGAGCUACAGGAGGCACAGUGCACCUUUGAACCAACUAACACACACGUACACACAUCUUCCAGAUAGGUGUGGCACAGUAUAUAGUGCAGCACCAUUCUUGCAGACCCAGGGUAUCAGGGAUGAGGUGGGUAUCAGGGAUGAGGAUGGUCUCAGGGAUGAGGUGGGUAUCAGGGAUGAGGUGGGUCUCAGGGAUGAGGUGGGUCUCAGGGAUGAGGUGGGUCUCAGGGAUGGGGUGGGUCUCAGGGAUGGGGUGGGUCUCAGGGAUGAGGUGGGUCUCAGGGAUGAGGUGGGUCUCAGGGAUGAGGUGGGUCUCAGGUAUGAGAUGAGGUGGGUUUUAGGGAUGAGAUGAGGUGGGUAUCAGGGAUGAGGUGGGUUCUCAGGGAUGCGGUGGGUCUCAGGGAUGAUGUGGGUCUCAGGGAUGCGGUGGUGUCAUCAGGGAUGAGUGUGUCUCAGGUAUGCGAGGAGGUGGGUUUAGGGAUGAGAUGAGGUGGGUCUCAGCGGAUUGAGGUGGGUCUCCGGGAAUGCGGUGGGUCUCAGGGAUGAUGUGGGUCUCAGCGGCUGAGGUGGGUUCUAGGGAUGAGGUGGGUCUCAGGUAUGAGAUGAGGUUGGGUUUUAGGGAUGCGAUGAUGUGGGUCAUCAGGGAUGCAGGUUGUGUCUCAGGGAUAUGAUGUGGGGUCUCAGGGAUGAGGUGGUAUUCAGGAUGAGUGGGGUCUCAGGGAUGAGGUGGGGUCUCAGGGAAUGAGGUGGGUCUCAGGGAUGAGGUGUGUCUCAGGGGAUUGAGAUGAGGUGGGUUUUAGGGAUGAGAUGAUGUGGGUCUCAGGGAUGCGGUGUGUCUCAGGGAUGAGAUGUGGUGGGUCUCAGGAAUGAGGUGGGUCUCAGGUUCUUACUGGUGGUGUUAAGGUGAGUCUCAGUGUUGAGGUGUGUGUCACAGGAGGUUGGUGGCACUUUAAUUGGGGAGGGCGGGCUCAUGGUAAUGGCUGGAAUGGAAUUAAUGGAAUGGUAUCAAACUCAUCAAACACAUAUUUUCCAUGUGUUUGAUACCAUUCCAUGCACUCCAUUCCAGCCAUUAUUAUGAACCAUUUUCCCCUCAGCAGCCUCCUGUGGUGUGUGUGUGUGUGUGUGUGUGUGUGUGUGUGUGUGUGGCCUUAGCCAUGGCUGUGUGUGGUUCCAGUCCAGUGGUGACAGUGUAAUUAGAGGGAGGCUGUCAGACCACAGAGAGGGGCUCAGACACAGACAGCAGGGUUAGUUAGCUAUGCUCUUCUCUCCUCUCCUCUCUUCCACCCCUCCUCUUAGCCUGCCUUAAUUGGGACCACAGAGGCAGGCGUGGAAACCAUCCACCUCUUUCCAUCCUCCCUUUUGUAUUUUUCUCUCUUUUUCCACCAUCCAUCUCUCACUCUCUCUUUCUUAAAUGCACAAUAUCUCUCUUUCUUCUUCUUCUUCUUCUUCUUCUUUCUCUUUAUAUCUCUCUCACUCACACAUCAAUGCACUUCACUCUCUUGUUAUUUCAUUUAGGGGUGAAGAGAAAGGUGGGGGAGGGGAGGCAAGGGGGAGUGAAGGCAGCGGAUAAGGCAACAAAUCUAUUUCCUUAUCUUUAAAAGUCAGAGCUGAAUUAGGAAGUGAACACUUGAGAUAUACUAGACCUCUGUUCUGCUGACAGAUUUAUUACACAGCACACGUGCCUGUGUGUUUGUGUUUUUGGUGUGUGUGUGUGUUUUAAUGUGUGUGUGUGUGUGUUUUAAUGUGUGUGUGUGUAGCUCCUCAGAGUGUCUCUCUUAUCGGAAGAUGCCCUUAGUGUUUAAACAGUUGUGCAGGCUAUAAUCCUGUCUGUGAUUGGACAGGCAUUGAGGGCUGGCGCUGUCUAUUGCUCCACUUUGACUCUAAUUAUUGGGCUCUAUUGUAGUGGAACUUCAGUAGACAGGCCUGUGUUUCCUUGGGCUUAAUUAGCAGCCGGACCCAUCCAUAACUCACACACUCUAGGCCAGUGUAGUGUGGAGGAGCGGCAGGCUGGGGAGGGACUGUGUGUAUAUACAUACAUUACAGUGCGCUCAUUACUGGCAUAUGCAACACAACACCAAUAACGCUUCAGAAAUGUGCUCUGUGUGUGUGUCUGUGUGUGUUUCUUCAUUCACUGACAAGAGGUGCGAACAUCUCCCUUGUGUCCUCAGCCCAACCAGUGACAUGCCUGUGGUCUGAGAAAUCACUGAGAACUUUGUAAGAUACUCCAACUACAAGAGAGACCAAGGGAAAGAGAGAGAGAGACAGAGGACAGAGAACAGAGAAAGAGAGAGAGGAGAGAGAGAGAGAGAGAGGAGACGGGAGAGAGAGAGAGAGAGAGAGGAGAGGAGAGAGAGAGGGGAGGGGGGGGGGGGGGGUGACAAUGAGGGAAACAGAGAGAGGGGAGGUAGAGCUGUGAGCUUCUUUGGGGAUUGAGGCAGGGAGUUCAGGCACGGAGGGCUGUGUGGCAGCUUGAAGAGAAUAAGUGUGUCUGGCCCAGGGAGACUAGCGCUGGUGUUUGCCAAGUUCUUUUCAAGAGAGGCAGGAGCCUCUUGAAGCUGCAGAGCAAUUGAAACGAGAGGCUCUUCUGAGCUCCAGGGGAGUCCCCCUAGCCCAGCCCAGCUUAGCCCAGCCCGGUUUCUAUUGGCCCCACAGUAAUGGCACUCAGCAGCAACACAGUCCGCUACUACAGCAACCCAUUAGCUGCCUCCCAUUGUCUCUGGGCACUCGAGUGAGGGACGCUUUUAAUUAAAUUAAUCUGCAUGUCAGUCUAUCAGCCAGCGGUCCCGGGCCCAGGGAGAGAGAGAGGGAGAGAGAGAGAGAGAGAUAGAGAGAUAGAGACACAAACACACAGCACAGGAGGACAUGCUGCAGGACUUUGAUAAAGACACUGGGGAUCGAGAGACGUGUGUGUGUGUGGAGGGGUAUGUGUUUGUGUGUGUUCAUUAGCACAAAGAAAGGGAAGGAUUAGAGAGGAGGGAGCAGUACAAUCACAGCACCACUGAUAGAGGAGGGGAAAUGGGGUACUGGGGGAAGGAGGAAGGGUGGAGUUAAAGGAAACAGUUUCUCUGUUUGUUUCUCCAAGGUGAUGAGGGCCAGUGUUAGUUUGGAUUAGAAGCAUGUUGUUGUUUCUUGUCCCCUGUUGCAGUUUUCUCAAGCAGCAAAGGGAGAAUGUCGAGGCACACACACACAGACGUAUACAUGUAUAUCCACAGAGUACACUCAUACACACCGUCUUUCUCAACACAGUGGUCUUAUAUGAAAAUACAAUAAUAAUUCAGAUGAAGUCCUAAUUGUUCAGUAUCGAAAAUGCAUAAAUAUGCUUUAGGAGUUUCAGGAUUUCAUCCCUUGUGUCACUAUUCUGGUCUAGUUUGAGGUUGUAGAUGGAAUGCUCUGAUCUGGAGGGUAAACUAUAAUUUACAGUGAUGUGUAUUGUCGAGGAGACACCCUAGUAGGGAGUUAGAUCUGUCAUAAUAUCCUAACCUUUGAACUCUCUGUGUGUGUGACUAUGUCCAGGUGGUGGUGUCUACGACGGUCAGUGUGGACGGCCAUGUCCUGGCGGUCUCUGACAACAUGUUUGUCCACAACAACUCCAAACACGGCCGCCGGGCCCGUAGACUGGACCCCUCGGAAGGUACGCCAUCAUACCUGGAGCAUGGUAGGCACCCUCUCACUUUUCUACUGUACGGCUGUCUGUCUCUCAGUCUGUCUGUCUGGUCUGACCGUCCAUCUGUCUGUCAGUCAGUCAGUCUACAGUAUAUCAGUCUGAGUCUCUGUCUCUCUGUGUUUGUCUGUCUGUCUGUCUCUAUCCAUUUGCCUCUGUGUGUGUCUGUCUGUGUCGGGGACAGCUCCGCUAUUGUCACACAGAGGAGAAGCAGUCUCCCCCCCCCCCCCCCCAUAAAGAUAAUAACAUGUUAUCUGGCUGGAUGGGUUUGUGGCAUAAACACUAACAGGAGCCAAACGUCCCCUCCAUUCAUCUCCCUCUGUCCAGGGACAGGGUGGCAGGGUGGGGGGAGAAGGAGAGCCACAGCACAGGGACCCUGUCAGAUCGCAUGCUCCUGCACUUUAUUAUCUCAUUAUUAAAUAUGCACCAGGGCCAGACGACACGCAACACACACACGUUCACACACACACGCAACACACACACACAACACACACACGCAACACACACACGCCACACACACGUUCACACACACAUUUACACGCCGCCGCACAGGAAUGAAGGAAUCUACGAGUGUGUAUUGUGUACCACAGACAGACGAUGGUGUGCAGUGAGAGGUAGAGUAGGUACAUGGUUGUGAAGACUUCAGCCCACUCCCCUUCUCUACAUGCGUUCAUUGGUGCAGAGGAAGGGAGCCUCAUUAGUACACUAACCUGUCUCACUGGUCAGGGAAGGGAUGGGGACAGAUCAGUGUAAAUUAACUUCUCCUACAUAGGAAUAAAGAUCUCAAAAGCAAACUGCUUCUCCAGUGCCAGGGUUCCUCCAUGUCAUUUUCUGUACACCACAGUUAUGUUAGCCUGGGUGCCAGUCUGCUUCUGCUCUCUUGCCAACUCCUUAUGGAAUUGUUUUGAUUGACAAUGACUAUGGAGUAGUCCCUUGUAGCUCAGUUGGUAGAGCAUGGCGCUUGCAGCGCCAGGGUUGUGGGUUCGUUUCCCACAGGGGGCCAGUAUGAAAAUGUAUGAACUCACUACUGUAAGUCGCUCUGGAUAAGAGCGUCUGCUAAAUGACUAAAAUGUAAAUGUAAAAUGAGUAGACAAAAGCACAAACAGAUCUGGGACCAGUUAUGUUGGUUCCUUUGAUAAAACAUAAUGGGCUGAAGAUGAUGCGCUUCAGUGCCCUGACAGGUCAUUGGUUCACAUGGUUCACUGUCUCCUCAAUGAUUGGUUUGUUUUAUUUAUCCUCAUCCGUUAUAGACGAGACCCAACAUGUUUUCCCAGAUGAUUAAAAACGAAAUGUGUUAGUUAAUGUAGGUCUGGUUGUCAGGGCGUUGUCAGGGCGUUGUCAGGGCGUUGUCAAGGCGUUGUCAGGGCAGAUUUACCUCGAGACAUGGUGAUGAAAUGCACUCACGCACGCACAAGCACACACACACACACACACGGCCAUAUGCAUCACAAUGGAUUACCAUUGACAGCUCCCCUUCUCAAUAAUGGAUGGGUAAAAUUCACUUUUUUACUCAUUGCUGAGCAAAAAGGCUUUUCGGGGGGCUCUUAAAGGAUGAGACGGAGCAACAAAGCAGUCAUUUCCCCAGUGGCGCCUGCUGUCUUUGAUUGCAAGUAUGCUUCAUGAGGAUCCACAGGCUUAAGGAAGCACACAUAUUUCCUCAGAGGCAGGGGGCCUUAGCGCUGAGCCUCUCUCUGUCUGAAGCAGGACUACAGACCCAGGGCCAGCCAGGCCCUCGCAGGUUAAAGAGAGAGGAACGCUUAACGCCUUAACACUACAGCCACGCAUGCCAUCGCCAUGGCCACUGGGUUGUUUAGACAAAUCCAAUCACUUUCUCAUUUUGUAGCAGAAGGAUUUAGGAGUGAGGCGGAAUCUGUUUUCUCAUGCUCCUCAUCAAAUGAGACAUAUGAUGUGCUUAUUUCUCCACUGGCCUUGGAUGGGGUGAUAAGCCUGGAUGGUCUCCUGUGGUCAGGAGAAGAAGCCCCUAUACGCUGUUCUGAGGUCAGUUUAGCUUGGGCCCGAGAAUAGAAGAAGUCCCUGUUGUACAGAUUGAAAUUACGUGGUUGUAGUGCUAUAGUCUGCUCUUCCUCCUCCAUAUCUGUUUGACAAGGAAGAGCACUACAGCAGGACUCUCUCUGUGGCCAUCACACACACUUGUGGAUGGAUCUGAGAGUCUGAGAGUCCCCCCCCCCCCACACACACACACACGCACACACAGGCACACACACACACAUGCACGCGAACACGCACACACACACACACACACACUUCCGUACACACGCCCCAGCAGCCUGCAGACAAAGGUCCGUCUGCUAAGAGAAUCCUACAGCAGGGAAGACAGGGGAAGCCUGCCCACGGUGAGAGCGGAAGAGAGAAGAAGAGAGAGGGAGAGAGAGGGAGAGAGAGAAAGACAGGGAUGGAGGGAAAGCGGAAAAAGGAGCCCCCAGGGGACCCGAGGAAAGAGGAGGGACAGCAAUCUGUCCCUGGUGGAGUUACUGUACUGUAUGAGUGGCCUCACGUGUGGCUGUCUGUCUGUGUGUGAGUCCGUACUUCUCUCUGUCUGUUUGCACACGAUCAUGCCAGGGUUAAAAGGUGUUUGUAUGUGUUUAUGGCUAAAUGUUAGUUUUUUAUGUUCGGUAUGCAUUUCCUUGUAUGCGUGUGUGAGUGUGAGUGUGCGUGCAUGUGUGCAAGUGUGUGUGUGAGUGUGUGUGUGUGUGUGUGUGCGUGAGUGUGUGUGUGUAGUAUGUUGCACGGCGAGCAAGCGAGCAGCACGGGGCCCAGAUGGCGAGGAGAAAGGCUGGGCAAGUUUAAUCCUAUCAGAUGGAUUGGCGCUCCUCCAUCUGGUUAAUACACGCACAAUUUCAGCACGGGCGAAAUAGGCGACUUAGGCCAAGAUUACUGUCACAGAUUGCUGGCCCAGACCCUCCUCAUCCCUCCUAGUUUACCACUGGGCCAAAUUGCAUUAUGGUCGGGCAUCCACAAUAAGCAAGUUAGCAAAGGAGCCUCAGCCUGAGGAGAGAGAUUCAUCUCAAUUCAUCCCACUAAAUACUACUGGAUUACUUUUCCUCUCGCAAAGCUGACAUGACCAAUAAAUGUAAAAUAAAGAAGACUAACAUGUGUUUAUUUGAGGUUUGAAAGUUAGUCGUUUUUCGGUAAGCCAAAGAAGGCUAUUAUUAUUAAAGGGAAAGUCCACUCAAAAACGAUAUUUUGGUAUUUUAUUAAUUAGUCCGCAGUUGAUACAGUCCCAAAAUGUUUUGCAUGUCAUCAGUCAAGUUUUCAAGAUAUUGGACUUUCAAGAAGCAAAGUGUCACCGGCCACAUCAUCAUGAGGUGUGAGAAGUGUGUUUUGCAGCAGUCUUAAAGGACUUUAAAGAGGCACUGGGUGUGCGUUCCAGCUGUAAUAGAUCCUUUGCUUUUCUGCCUGAUCUCCAUUCAGAGCUGUUAAAACCACCAUCAGUCUUCUGGGGGGCAUGGUGUGUGUGUGUGUGUGUGGGGGGGGGGGGAGCACAGCGCUGCACUCUUAGUUAGAUCCAGCUGUUGGAGGAUUUUGUGUGUUUUUGGUUUCCUGCUUUGGCCCCAUGCUUAUAGACUGAGAGGUGUCAAAUCACAAGAGCCCAUUUUCUAGCACACACACCUACACACACACACACACACACACACACACACAGACAGACAUACACAUGCACACUACCAUUCAAAAGUUUGGGGUCACUUAGAAAUGUCAUUUUUUUCUAAAUAAAAAUGUUUUUCCUCCCAUUAAAAUAACAUCAAAUUGAUCAGAAAUUCAGUGUAGACAUUGCUAAUGUUGUAAAUGGCUAUUGUAGCUGGAAACAGCUGGUUUUUAAUGGAAUAUCUACAUAGGCGUACAGAGGCCCAUUAUCAGCAACCAUCAGUCCUGUGUUCCAAUGGCACGUUGUGUUUGCUAAUCCAAAUGUAUCAUUUAAAAGACUAAUUGAUCAUUAGAAAACCCUUUUGCAAUUAUGUUAGCACAGUUGAAAACUGUUGUGCUGAUUAAAGAAGCAAUAAAACUGGCCUUCUCAAGACUAGUUGACUAGUUGACUGACUCUAACCAGAAUAGAAAGAGGAGUGGGAGGCCCCGGUGCACAACUGGUGCACAACUGGUGCACCGGGGCCUCCCACUCAUCUUUCUAUUCUGGUUAGAGCCAGUUUGCGCUGUUCUGUGAAGGGAGUAGUACACAGCGUUGUACGAGAUCUUCAGUUUCUUGGCAAUUUCUCGCAUAGAAUAGCCUUCAUUUCUCAGAACAAGAAUAGACUGACGAGUUUCAGAAGAAAGUUAUUUGUUUCUGGCCAUUUUGAGCCUGUAAUCGAACCCACAAUUGCCGAUGCUCCAGAUACUCAACUAGUCUCAAGAAGGCCAGUUUUAUUGCUUCUUUAAUCAGCACAACAGUUUUCAACAUAAUUGCAAAAGGGUUUUCUAAUUAUCAAUUAGCCUUUUAAAAUGAUAAACUUGGAUUAGCAAACACAACGUGCCAUUGGAACACAGGACUGAUGGUUGCUGAUAAUGGGCCUCUGUACGCCUAUGUAGAUAUUCCAUAAAAAAUCAGCCGUUUCCAGCUACAAUAGCCAUUUACAACAUUAACAAUGUCUACACUGAAUUUCUGAUCAAUUUGAUGUUAUUUUAAUGGACAAAAAAAUUGCUUUUCUUUCGAAAACAAGGACAUUUCUAAGUGACCCCAAACUCUUGAACGGUAGUGUAUACACACACACACACACACACACACACAGCGAGCCCUGUUACCCUGUGUUCCCAUGGGAGAAGGUUGGGAAGCCCCAAACCUCACUGGGGCCUGGACCGUAGCCAUACCUCCUGUCACCAGCGUGAUACGGUGUCAAAGCACAACAUGAUCUACAGCCUCCCUCCCUCUGAAUGCAGAACACACUACCACAGGUCUAGAUCCAGGACUAUAGUGUGUGUGUGUGUUAAUGCAUACUUACACACAUACCACACACAAACUUGAACAUGGAAAGCCUUGCUUUCUGAAAUUAGGACCACUUAGCCUGUUCCUAUUGCAUUCCAUUUAAGGCUCAGUGCUCAUGCUAAUGUCCUUGACUUGUCCUGUGUGUCUUCAGUGUUCCAUGUUCUUUAUUAGAUGUUAUUGGGCUACUUGAUUAUUAUGUUUCUCAACUGUGUAACUAACCUCCUAGACUGAGGUGGUUUAACCGUAAGCUUCCUGUCUGUCUCGCCCUUCUCCUCUCCACCUCCCCUCCACUGCCCUGUACCUUGGAGCAGCUGCCCCCUGCAUCAAAGCCAUCAGCCCCAGUGAGGGCUGGACAACAGGGGGCGCAACUGUCAUCAUCAUAGGUGACAACUUCUUUGACGGCCUCCAGGUCAUCUUUGGCACCAUGCUGGUCUGGAGUGAGGUGAGUACAUGACGAUACACACACACACACGUGCACACACACACACACACACGCACACACACACACACACACACACAUCCUCUCAUCCCUCCACACAAACAGACCAUGAAUAUUGACCAUAGAAGUGUAUUGCAUUGUCUGUCUUUACAGUUCACAGUCCUGAAGGUCAUAACAAUACAUUCUCUAGAUUUCUAUCAUUAAAGGGAAGGUGAGUGAGUCCAACUGUGCCAGCUGUGUUAAAGGCCAUACCACUCUCCCCCCAGAUGAAACCAACUCACACAAAACACUGAUAGAAAUAUCAAUAAACCAUCUGGACCAAACAGAAUUCUGCGGUUGUUGAAAUACUGUGAAGUGCAGUUUUCUUCCAGAAAUAUGAAGCAAGACUUUGACUUUUGCAAUUCUGGUUUUGAAACUUUAGAAGAAACAAAAGCCCUGUUUUAGUUCAACUUAGACAAUCAAAUAGCAUUGUUUACUGUUUCUUUGUCUUCUGUCCAUUUAAAUUAAGGUUAUUUAACAUAAAUGCAGUAAGCAUUUUCAUCAGUAAAUAAAAGCACUAUUUGAGUAUGCCAUUUUCUCCUGUACAAUAAAUUCCAAUUGAAUUUGACCUUGCACAGUGUUAGUGAUGGUGAGGAGUGGUCCUGCCUCAGCCAUUAAAAGGUGUAAUGGUAUAAAACCUCUCGCUGGUGGUGGCAUGUCUUUAUGCUCCCUCACAGCUGAAGAUCUGAAUAAUGAAAGGCAGGCUAAGCGCUCUGUAAGGGCCAGUUUAAAGGCAUGUAAAAUGCUGGUGGCUGUGCGGGCUUUAAAGACGGCGCUGGUGUGUGUGCCGGGGCUAGAUUGGUCUCUCAUCUGUGUGUUGUACGCAUCACACACACACCAUCACACACACUCCCAUCUCCUGGAGCUCUCCAGUCAUCACAGGUGCCAAUCAGAGGACAAAUUCAGCUCCUAUUUAUUCAGCGCAGCUCUCUGAUGUGCUUCUGAUCCUCUCAAUUAGCUGCCAUAUAGGACUGGAGAAUGGGGCUGGGGGCUGAAGACUGGGGGUUGGAGACUGGGGCUGGGAGCUGGAGACUGGGGCUGGGGGCUAGGGGCUGGAGACUGGGGCUGGGGGCUGGCGACUGGGGCUGGAGACUGGUGCUGGGGGGCUGGUGGCUGGAGACUGGGACUGGGGGCUGGCGACAUGGCUGGGGGCUGGAGACUGGGGCUUGGGGCUGGCAACUGAGGCUGGGGGCUGGAGACUGGGGCUGGGGGCUGGCGACAGGGCUGGGGGCUGGAGACUGGGGCUUGGGGCUGGCAACUGAGGCUGGGGGCUGGAGACUGGGGCUUGGAGCUGGAAAUUGGGGCUGGGGGCUGGAGACUGGGGCUGGGGGCUGGAGACUGGGGCUGGGGGCUGGAGACUGGGGCUGGGGGCUGGAGAUUGGGGCUGGGGGCUGGAGAUUGGGGCUGGGGACUGGAGACUGGGGCUGGGGGCUGGAGAUUGGGGCUGGGGGCUGUUGGCUGGAGACUGGGGCUGGGGGCUAGGGGCUGGGGGUGUUAUUGCUACCAUUAGCAAGUGCAGUGAGGAGGGGUUAGGGGAUGGAGGGGGGUUAGGGGAUGGAGGGGGGUUAGGGGCUGGAGGGGGGUUAGAUGAUGGAGGGGGGUUAGAGGCUAGAGGGUGGUUAGGGGAUGGAGGGGGGUUAGGGGCUGGAGGGGGGUUAGGGGCUAGAGGGGGGUUAGGGGAUGGAGGGGGGUUAGGGGCUGGAGGGGGGUUAGGGGAUGGAGGGGGGUUAGGGGAUGGAGGGGGGUUAGGGGCUGGAGGGGGGUUAGGGGAUGGAGGGGGGUUAGGGGAUGGAGGGGGGUUAGGGGAUGGAGGGCUGGAGGGCAGGAGGGCAGGGCGAGCCUUGUAACUGUAGUGCUGGUAAAAAGCAGCCUGAACGAGGCCAAAGUUGAUUUCCUCUACCUGCCAUUCAAUCUGCAGGCUAAUGAGUUGAUCCAAUCUUCGACACACUCCACUCUGCUCUCCUCUCCCCCACUGACCAGGGAUUAAGCUAUAAUAAUCUCUGCUUAUUUAUUAGACUUUUAAAUUGCAGAACCAUGUUGGCAUAAUGUUAAUAUACGGGUUUCGAGUCCCACAUAUGCUUGCCGUUAAACACUUGGCUCUGUAUUUUUGUUAUAUUUAUACUUUAAUUUGUAGAAUAAUUGCAACUUUAUUCUACCUUGGCUAGUGGAAUAGGAACCUUUGCUACAGUAGUUCCCCAGGCCAAAGGGUUCAGAGCCAGUUAUGGUCAUGGGGUAAUGGCUGAAGCCAGGGGGAAAGAGACGGUACGGGGGUCAGAAAUAGCACUGAUUAGGCCUCCAGGGGCAGAUUUGCCUGAGUUGUCCAGCUGCCCUGCCCUCCCUGCCUGUUUACCCACCCUCAACCCUCAGCCCAGGGUUUAUUUUAGAGGGUACAGACAGAGGUAGAGGUAGACCCCUUGACUUUUUCCACAUUUUGUUACGUUACAGCCUUAUUUUAAAAUGGAUUAAAGAAAAAAAAAUCCUCAGCAAUCUACAUACAACUAAAAACAGAAAUACUGUGUGUUACAGAAGGUACAUAAACAUGGAGCUUGAUUAGGGCUAGGGGAACAGCAUGACAAGGAUCAGUGUGUGUGUGUGUGUACUGAGAGUGUGUGUUCAUUAAGCCUGGCCGACAGUUGUCACAGAAUCAUGCUGUAGGGAUGUUUUCAGUGGCAGGCACUGGGAGACUAGCCAGGAUCGAGGCAAAGAUGAACAGAGCAAAGUACAGAGAGAUCCUUGAUGAAAACCUGCUCCAGAGCGCUCAGGACCUCAGAAUGGGGCGAAGGUUCACCUUCCAACAGGACAAUGAUCCUAAGCACACAGCCAAGAUAACACAGGAGUGGCUUCGGGACAAGUCUCGGAAUGUCCUUGAGUGGGCCAGCCAGAGCCCGGACUUGAACCUGAUCGAACAUCUCUGGAGAGACCUGAAAAUAGCUUUGCAGCAACGCCCCCCAUUCAACCUGACAGAGCUUGAGAGGAUCUGCAGAGAAGAAUGGGAGAAACUCCCCAAAUACAGUUGUGCCAGGCUUGUAGCGUCAUACCCAAGAAGACUCGAGGCUGUAAUCGCUGCCAAAGGUGCUUCAACAAAGUACAGAGUAAAGGGUCUGAAUACUUAUGUAAAUGUCAUAUUUCCGUUGUUUGUUUUGUUUUUGCAAAAAAAACUAAAAUAAUGUUUUUGCUUUGUCAUUAUGGGUUAUUGUGUGUAGAUUGAUGAGAAGAAAAAAAAAAUCAAUCAAUUUUAGGAUAAGGCUGUAACCUAACAAAUGUGGAAAAAGUCAAGGGGUCUGAAUACUUUCCGAAGGCAUUGUAUAGGUACUGCUCCAGUAUCCCGAUUAGUCCUCAAUAUUCUCUGCUGGUCUCAGAGGCUGGUUGGUUGGAGGGCUGUUCGGCCCUUGGUCCCAUGUAGGAAGUGCCGGGGCCCCACAGUGUGUUUCCAAUUACCGCCCUCCCAUACCGGGGGGCCAGGGGUGAGGCUGUGUUUGCUCCCUGCUCUCAGGGCCUCGAGGGCCCUUCAAUAUCACCCUGCCAGUCCACCACACCCACCCCCCACCCCCCUCCGUACCCCAGAUCUACUGAUCAGCCUCACAGAGCUGUGAUAACCGUCGGCCAGGCUUAAUGAACACACACUCUCAGUACACACACACUGAUCCUUGUCAUGCUGUUCCCCUAGCCCCACUCAAGCUCCAUGUUUAUGUACCUUCUGUAACACACAGCCUCUCCAGGUGUGUGGGGAGCUAUGGCUCCAGUCCAACAAUAGCACUCUCACUUUGUGUGUGUUCUCUUUACACCACCCAGACUCACAACACUUUUCAACAACACAUGAGAUCCUUAGCUGCUGCAGUGCAGAUGACAUAGUCCACUCAUAAACGCCCUUCAUUCAGCACAAGUCAUCAAAUCAAUAAACAUGUUGUUUACGUGUCUGACGGCCUUGUUGACAGUUUGACGUCCUCUCUUUUCCCUCUGCACUUGUUCAGUGUGGAGAGUAUUUACCCUGGCAGACAAUAGAAAGGGAUCAGUGGAGACUCAUUGACCUGAAGUGUUUGUUUGCUGUGUUGAAGAGCACCACUCACACACCCAAACUCUGACUCAGGGGAGGAGAGGGAGGAGAGGGGAGGGGAGAGUGAAAAAUUUGGGAGGAAAAAAAUACAAAAAAAAAAGGGGCUUGGCCUGUACCCCUCCCCCCCGGGGGGGGGGGGGGGGGGGGGGGGGGGGGGGGGGGGGGCCCCUUUUUUUUUCCCCUUUUUUUUUGGGGGGGGGGGGGGGGGGAAAAAAAAAAAAAAAAAAAAUCCCCCGGGGGGGGGGAAAAAAAAAAAAAAAAAAAAAAAAAGGGGGGGGGGGGGGGGGGGGGGGGGGGGGAAAAAAAAAAAACCCCCCCCGGGGGGGGCCUUUAAAAGAAGGGGGGGGGCCCCUUCCUUUUUCCCCCUCCCCCCCUCUCCCCCCCCUUUUCCCUUUUCUCUUCCUUUCUUUCUUCUCUCCCUCUCUUCUUUUUCUCCUCUCUCCUGCCCCUUUCUUCUCCUUCUCACUCCCCCCCCGCCCCCCCUUUGCAGCUCCCCCCCCCACCCGGGGGGGGGAAUACCCUUUUCCUCCAAUCCCAAAGGAAAAGGGACCCCCCAAAGCUUUUUAACCCAGGUCAGUUUCCCUACUGUACAUAAUAAUAUAAUAAGAAUAAGAAUAGUAUAUGCCAUUUAGAAGACAUUUGUAGUGACUUACAGUCAUGCGUGCAUACACAGGAAUCAAACCCACUAUCCUGGCGUUGCAAGCACAAUGCACUACUGUACAUCCUUACAGGGGGUCACACAGGUAGUCCUUUCAGAAUAUUGCAAUUAUUUAAAGUAUUAAAGCAGCAUCAUCUCUAUAUACAGUACUACACAUUACAGGUUAUUACAGACAGAGAAUGGAGCCUGGGAAUCAGACAGAGAAGAGCCUUGUGUUAAAGACACAAUAUGUAGACAUCGCUCCACCAUUGCCUGGUUGCUAUAAUUAUAUAAUGUAUAGUGUAGAGAAUCAUUGUACAAGCUGUGAAAUAUCUUUUCAACAACCAAAAAUAAAAAGACGCAAAUGUGAAACUUAAGGACGGGAAGCAUAGAAAUAGCGCACAUAGAACAGAUCUACCGCUUACCAGACUUUAUUUAAAUGAGAAUGACAGAUCUAUAACCGUCUACAAAGAUAUAUACUGAACCUUUAAAGUACCACCAUCUGCAAGGUGAGAGAUCUAAUAACAGAGUUGAGUACAGGAGUACAAAACGCAGGAAAGCUUGUUCAGACUGUGGGUUAUUAUCAACUCCAUAGUACGGAACAGAAAACACAGAUAGCUGCACACUGAGAGCCUCUCCAGCUCUCUCUCUCUCUCUGAGUAGCUGUGUGAUUCACAGUGGACAACAGGGGCUUCCUAGCAAACACAGGCCUAUCUGGCCUAGGAAUCCCACCUAUUUCCUCUGUGUGGAGGUUAAUGCACGGCAUGGCGCUCUCACAAGCAGUGACAUCCUGUAUAAUCCAGCAGAUAAGGCCAAUAGAGAACUUAUCUCGCUCAUAGGAAGGAAAGAGGGGCCUGAUUCAUCCGUCAGUGAGCAGAGCCACUAGCCUAGCGCUGCCUGCCUGGCCCCACAGCCAUGUGUUUAUGUGCAGAAAUGAGCAGGGUUUAUAUGCCAAGAGGCUGAGAAAGGGUUGUGUGUUGCAGCACAGUCAGUACCCCCUGCUGCUUUAACAGUAACAGGGAGGACUGUUGGACUAGCAGGACGGUAGGCUACAGUACCCACUCUGUGAAUGGGAGGUUCAGAGGGAGGCCAAUGUUGACUUAAUUACUGUAGAUUGGGAGAUUGUAACGACAAAUGCUCAUAAAAGUGUUACAAUUAAGCUAGGAAAACAGUCUGGGCUUUAUAGGCCUCCAUCUUGAAGCCAUUUGAAGAAAGUGAAUCCGUCCAGAAUGUGAGCGAAUGCAUGUUUGGUUCACACACGCACACACACACACACAACGUAAAUGCACGCACACACGCAUAUACACGUUUAAGAUGUUAAGAAUGUACAAUCCCGUAGAGAAAUAAGUAUGCGCAAAAACAAGCAAUCUUUCAUUCUCUCAUGCUCUUUUUCAUAGCAACACACACACACACACACACACACACACACACACACACACACACACACACACACACACACACACACACACACACACACGCACACACCCCGUGCUGAAACUGAAACAGUGGUGGAUCAUGCCCUCCCUGGGCUCACAACCUCGUUUCACCUAAUUGAAAAUUAUAAGAGAUGCCCUGGAGGAGAAAUUUGUUUGUAAUAAGUUCUACAUAAUGGAGGAACGUGGCUGCAAACCAUUUCACUGAGCUCUCUUAGUGGGUGGAACCAAUCCCAGAGCAAUUUAAGAAUCCUGUAAUGAUUGUGGCAUUAUUCCAUUUUCUGCACUUUUCCUCUUUCCCCUCUGAAACAAGAAGGGAAAAAGGAGAGAGGAACGCUUCUGUAGUGAAGUGCGCCCCCUUCCCUCUCUCACUCUCAUUUUAUUUCUUUCACACUCAGAUUUGCAUGCUCAUACGCAUGCAUAUACAAAUACAAUGCAUGCACACAGACACAAACACACACAUGCACACGCACACGCAGUAGAGGUGACGAUGGGAGGCCUCACUCAUUAAUAUCGAUCCUCCCGACACGGCUCCACAAUGCCACACAGUAGGGCGCCAUCCAGUGUGUGUGUCUGUGUGUCUGUGUUGUCCACUCAGCCAGUUUCUACUCACGUCACACCUCAUAUAAUUUCUUCCAUCAGUAAGAUGAUGCAAAACAUGUUUUAGUGUUAUGUCCAUACCCGUGUUGGGACCACUUUCCUUCUCUGUGGGUUGUGUGACAUUAUGCAAGGCAGUGACUCUGCACCCUAACCAAGACCUGCUAUAAAUGGGCUGGCUGUGGAGUGGGGAAGUCUCAUUACACAGAAAUGAUUUUUAAUCAUCUUUGGUUCCCGGACGGGCUGUGCUGGGCCGUCCUCCCCGCAGGCUACCUGACUCCAUCCAUACAGGCCUGUCUGGCUGCUAAGUGCUUUUUUCAAGUGGGCGGAGAUUAACCCUGACCCUCUCAUUUGCCAAUUUCUUCAACAUGUGAAUUAGGAAAUUCGAUCCGGCCCGACGGUUACCUCACCCCUGUCAAGGUCGACUUCUCUCCCCGGGUGAAAGGUCAUAGCUGGGAGCGCUCACUGGCUCUCUGUCGGAUUCCGGCUGUUUUUGUUGUUGUUGCUUUAGUCCCCCCUCUGGCAGAGCAAUUAACCACACACACCCUGCACAAACGAGAGCCCCGAGUUGAAAGUAAUUAUAAAUCAAAAAUAAAUUAAGAGAGAAAAUGUCUGUAAUGUGGCUGGCAGAUGGGUUUCCACGGAGUGCCUUAUGUCUGCUUGAUCUGCGUGGUGAGAAAUGUACACGUAAACCAUAUAUUCCUAAUAAUACACAGCUGGGCCUUCUCCGCGCAUCAGCUCUCACACACACUCAGCGUCUUAUCUCUCCUUAGUCUCUGAUAUAUGAUCAAACUCCUCUACCUUCAGCACAGAUACAUCACACUGUGUUAACUGGGUUGAGCAGCACUCCCAUGCCACCCCUCUCCACAGUCCCAGUACUGUGUCCUCUGUGAGGCACCAGUCAGGUCUGCUGAGUAGAACUCACCACAAGAGAUCUGACUCUAAACCCCUUCAUUUUCCUCUGGUGUCUCCAGUCGGCACCUCGUGGUGGGUUGACUGGACUCCUGUGCCAGUGUGCAGUGCACCCGUCCUGGGCAUGGGUGAUUGGUAGGCAUGGGUGGGUGGGUGGCAGCUGGACACGGUGGCACCCGCAGGACAGCUGGCACCACUAAUCAUUUGCUGCCGUAGAGACGGAGCGCGGUGGAGUUGAGGGCCUAAUUAAAUCAAUACAGGCAUCGGCAUGAACGUCUCUCAAGCACCCCAGCCUCUACAGCUGGGCCAGGCAGAAAUCAAUGGCUACCUGGUAACCACGGGGUCCAUGUCAGCUGCCACUGGCCAGCGAAUCAGUCAGACAGAGGGAUUCCCACCCUCCUCCUACAACAGGGUUAAUGAAAGGCUAGUAGGCAGGAGGAGAUCACUGCAAUGUUAUAGUGGAGUGGGUGUAGUCACAACCUACAACCUACAGUCUACACCUACUAUAAACACAGAGGAUUCUUUCUCUUUUCUCCCUCUCUCUCUCAUUCUAUUCUGUCACAGAGGUGUGGACUUGAGUCACAUGGCUUGGACUCGAGUCACAAAUUUGAUGACUUGAGACUCGACUUGAUAGAAAAUAAAAUAGCUUGAGACUCGACUUUGACUUGAGACUGAUGACUUGAAAUGAUCUGUCCAGGUUUUGUAACGUUUUGUCACUCAUUUCGUGGCACAGAGUCUGCGUGGAUUGCUCUCCAUGCAGCCAGAGACAGUAGCCGCAGCAUCGCACUUCCAUAAAAAACGUGCAAUAGAUUGGCUAGUGAAACGCACAGUUGGCCCUCUGAUUGGACCAGCAAACUGUCAAUCAACACAGUUGGGUGAGCUAGAGAACAGAUUGCUGAUUUACUGUACAGCUAUUGGAUAGCUUGCAGCACAAACGUCAAAUUCUAGGGAGAUAGGAUUGGCAUAAAUCAAUAUGCAGCUCCAAAACAUGUUUGGUGAUCAAGAAUAUUAACUUAAUUUACUUUGCGAGCUCACCAGCAAUGGGGCAUCAAGCAACAAUUACUAGCAUAGGCCUAAUAGUCUUUUGGUAUGUCAAAAUUGCUUGAAAUUUAUCAUUUACCUAUGAAGCUUCAAUUUGGAAUUUGUUGUUCAAAUGUAUUAUUACAUCAUCAAAAUGUGUUGUAGACAAAAUAAUGAAAAUGCCUGUCUUUUUUUUACUGAGACUUUACUUGAAAAAAGGUGCGACUCGCCUUGACUUGCUCGUAGAAUGCACGACAUGGACUUGACUCGAGACUCGACCCGUUCUACUGGGGACUCGACUUGAGACUCGGACCUUGUGACUUGAGACUUGCUUGUGACUCGAAUAAUAGUGACUUGAUCCCACCUAUGUUCUGUCAUGCUGUAGGCUACAUGUCGGUAAAAACAAUUAGCAAAAAGACAAAUACGCAGAUUAUUAUCACUCCCCCUGGCACACGUCCUCAGUGUGUUCUGGCAGUGGUUGUAGUGUGUUGUUGACUCUCAGCCACCGCCACCGUGUGACAUAUGUGUUGUUGAGAAUGGCGUCUGGUGGAGGUGUCAUGUCACCUGUGAAACACAACGUUGAUGUCACCGCUCUGUGUUACACAAAGUGCCAAGUGACAAUCAAUAAACAAAUAGAAAACAAAGAUGCCGCAUGUGUGUGACUUGAGAUAGUGUGUGUGUGUGUGUGUGUCUGCCUACUGUAAUGCCUGACUCCCUGCACAAUUAGGGACUCUGUUUGUAACACCAUAUCCACAGCCUGAGAAAUUACAUACAGCCCUUUUCUCUCCAUAUCGUUUCUCUAAUUUCUCUCAGGUAAGAGACAGUGGUUACACCAUACCC